ACUAAAAAGUCCUUAAAAAAAAACGCUUGAAAAUUCACAGAGCAGAGUUCUUCCUGUCACCGGUCCAACGAAUCACUGAGCUCACCGCUCCCAGGCAUUUCGUUAGAAUCAGUCAAUUGAAGGAGGAGGAAGAAGAGAAACCCUAGAAAAUCGAAUCGAAUGGCAUCGAUAUCCUGUUGUUUCUCACGCUGUAGUCCUUCAUUCUCUCUCCAACCUCUCAACUCCUCUGUUCAUCCGAAGCUCAGAGAAGGAAGCAGUGGCCUGCUUUCUUCUAGAAGGUUCUCGAAGGUUCUGUCCCUCGUCGUUAGAGCUUCUUCUGCCGUUGAGUCCUCUGGGAGCUCGUCUGAUUUCGUGAAGAGGAUGGAGCAGGCUUGGCUGAUCUCUCAGCAGCCAAGACCAAUUGCAUGUUCGUCUUGUGAAUCAAAUGGUUUUGUGGAGUGUAAGUGGUGUGGAGGAACAGGUUUCUUUAUCAUUGGCAACAACAUGCUUUGUGAAGUGCCAUCCAGAAACACUAGUUGUAUUAUCUGUGCUGGAAAGGGUUCCUCGUGUUGUCCCGAUUGCAAAGGUACAGGAUUUCGUGCCAAGUGGUUGGGGAAGCCUCAUGCACCCAGCUAGAAACACAGCUAAAUCCUAUCUAAGAUUCUCGUGUACCCGAUAAUCUUCGAUCAAGUGGCUCAGCUAAAAUAAUGUAUGAAUUGUGAAUGCAGUUCCUGUAUGUAUAAAAUCAAGUGGCUCAGCCAAGUAGCUGCAAAGGAUCUUUUCUCUAUCCUGUGUAAUUUUACUGCAAUUCCUUAAUUUGUAUUGAUUUUUUUUUGCUCUAUAAUUGAUGUAGAUUGAUCCAAGUUUUUCCAAAUGUUGUUGAUAUAUGAUUCCAAACCUUAUAUGAUGUGAAGUUCACUGUUAUCUCAUUAAAUGGAACGUGGUGAAGAUACCAUUCAUAACUCA